UUUUAACAGUGAACGUUGACAGUGACAGCUAGGAUGAUCUUCGUGGAAACGAAAUACGUUGGCCCAUCCGAUGGCUCAGAAACUGGGCUGGUGGUGCAGAUAACAAAGAUGAUGGAUUCGUAUAUGGUAUGGGUUGGGAGUACAAGAAAAGAAAACGAGACGGUAGAAGGACGGCUCUGCAGGGACUGGGCGUACGCGAUGCCAGCAAAAAAGAUUGGAGGAGAACCGAGUGGAACGAGCCUGUUUCGAAGUAACAGCUGCAAUGUAGCAUUAUCGAUGGCGCAAAGAAUAGCGAAACGAACUGGAAAAGCGAUACAUCUGUCUGUCGAUAUUGAAGAAAAGAAGGCAGUGGAAGUGGAGAGGGUAGUAAAGGAGAUGUUAAAUAAAUGAAAGUGAAAGUGCUACGAUUGGUCGAUUACGUUACAUAAGCAACUCAGUUAGGUACGUAUACUCUAACUCAUCGACUCUUGUAAAGUAGAACGUCAGGAGAAAAAAUAGAAAAGGGAAACGUAUAAAAGUUACAUUUGCGCGUAUAAGAGAGAAGGGAAGACAUAGAAGAUAGUAACAUAUGGUUGAGCAUAGGCAUAGGCAUGUAAGGAAUUGAAGGUUAAGGAAAGAGACCAUCAUAAGGAAGUGAGGCGUUAGGGGAAACUCUACGCUGUAAAUGUUGUAAAUGAACAGGAAGGGGAAGUUGAGUAGGACAAUGAGAGAUUCGGGAACGAUCGUUGGAGGCAGUCCACCUCUGUACAUAUCCCCAUGCACGUCCAGCAAUGGCGUGCCAAGAUUGGGCUAGCCUGCAUAGGAAGCGAUCUCGCUCUGCUGGGGACCAAGCAGCAUCAGCCGGAAGAAAUGCUUCUAAUCGGGGGACCAGGCCGAU